UUAUUGUUGUUAUUGAAAAAAAUUAUAAAAACAAAAAUCAUAAUAACCUGAAAUGGAUCCCAUGUAUAUUUACACCGAUUUAUGCUUCCUCAAUCAUUCGAGAAAUCCACCUAGUGAGAUCUAUUACGAAAGUAUGUCCUAUAUGAAUACACGACGCCGUCUCGGCUCCGUUAGCGACUCUGUGCCACCCUCCGAAUCCUCAGAGGGUACAAAUUCAUCGGAAAACAAUGACAUGAUGAUUAUGAAUACAGAAUGGUCUCAUGGUUCACAGAAUAGUGGCUGUGGUGGUGGCGGUAGUGGUGGUGGUGCUAGUGCCGGUGUCAACUCCCUCUAUUCCGAAGGUGACACCGAUACCCUAAGUACAGAUACGGCCAGCAAUAAUAUUCUAUCCGAUUAUGAACGUGGUCAAGUUGAAAGUUUCUUUGGCGGCUUGGGUACGGAAAUUUUCGUCAGCUCUGCCUUGGCUAAUCUCUACGAAGGUACCGGUAAGGAUAAUGAUUGGCAUUUAAUAUUCACGGGAAUUCCAGUUAUCCUCUAUGAUAAGGGAUCGGCACGUGCAAGAGCUAUACCACGUGUUACCUUGGUGUUGGCUGAACGUGGUUCAUGUUUUGCCCUCUGGUCAGAUCGUAUUGAUAAUCUGUCGAAUUAUCGUGUGGCUGGUCCAUCGUUUCACACAAUGUGUUUGUCGACCAAUCAUCAGCAGAUGAUCGGCUUCAGUUUUGAUUCAUCGGAGGCGGCCCGGGAGUUGUGGCUGCAUUUGGAACGUUUAAUCAGUGACCCAGAGAAUAUUGCCCUGUCGAUGCCGGGCCGCAAGAAACCCAAACAGAAACGUAUUAAACACGCCCCACUACCACCCAAGGCACAAAUUUCCCAUCCAUGUCAAUUUCAUCAUGUGACCAGUGUCACGAAGGAGGACACCGAUCGUUACUACAGUAUGCAGGCAUUUGCGCCCAUGAGUCAUCAUUAG